UGUUAAAGAACCACAUUCGCUAUUAUACAACAGAUUAAUAGAGUAACAGGUACUACCCACUGUACUGUGUUAUAUUGUUCAUCUGACUGACGUUCAAAGAAAUGGACUGGAUGUUGCCUGAACUCUGUGUUUUAUAGCUUUAGAUGAAUUGGUAAGGUCAUUGUGCCAUUGUUGGACGUUUUUUUCAUAAAAGGAUUUUUUCAUCUUCACAAAAAACCGAAAUGUCCACCAGAACAAUCCUCAAAAAUGGAUACAAUGCUUUAAAAAGCUGCUUUCAGUUAAUCAGGACUGUAUUUUUUUAAUCAUGUAAUUUGACUUAUUUUUCAUUUUGUCACAAAAAGUUUCUUUGUGGAGUACAAAACGCAGAUCUCUUUAAAAAUUCUCCAGAUUGAUUUUCUACCACAAGAAGAAGAAUGGAGUAAAGCUGGGAUUUUUCUCUUAUGACAGCUGGAAUUGUUUUCUUCAUUAUCUUGAGACAUGGCUCAAUCUGAAGACAUGCCUAAGGAGAUGGAUGUCGAGGGUAAGGGAGAGACCGAGUCUGCGGGGGAUAUGAAACGGGCUCGGACCAUGGCUCUGUACAACCCGGUCCCAGCCAAACACAACUGCCUCACCGUAAACAGGUCUCUCUUUAUCUUUGCUGAGAAAAACAUCAUCAGAAGAUAUGCAAAGAGGAUCAUAGAGUGGCCUCCAUUUGAGUAUAUGAUCUUGGCCACCAUCAUAGCCAACUGCAUUGUCUUAGCCCUGGAGCAGCAUCUUCCUGGUGAGGACAAGACACCAAUGUCAAAACGGCUGGAGAAGACAGAGCCUUAUUUCAUUGGAAUCUUCUGUUUUGAGGCUGGCAUCAAGCUGGUGGCACUCGGUUUUGUUUUCCAUAAGGGUUCCUAUCUCAGAAAUGGCUGGAAUGUAAUGGACUUCAUUGUUGUGCUAAGUGGGAUUCUGGCCACAGCUGGAUCUCAUAUGAAUAUUCCAGUGGAUUUGAGAACACUAAGAGCUGUGCGUGUGCUACGACCCCUUAAACUAGUUUCGGGUAUUCCCAGUUUACAGAUUGUUCUGAAGUCCAUUAUGAAAGCUAUGGUGCCACUGCUACAAAUAGGUCUUCUGCUCUUCUUUGCCAUCCUGAUGUUCGCUAUCAUCGGUCUGGAGUUUUACAGUGGGAAAUUACAUCACACUUGUAUGGCCUCCCCAGAUAUUCUUGAUAAUGAGACGGUGGAUUCAUCUGAGGUUGAGUUUGCGUGUGGAGUGAGGAAGUGUCCUGAUAAAUACACCUGUAGUGGCACAUGGAUUGGGCCCAAUGAUGGCAUCACUCAGUUUGAUAACAUCCUGUUUGCUGUUCUCACAGUAUUUCAGUGUAUCACCAUGGAAGGAUGGACUGCUGUUCUGUACAAUACCAAUGAUGCUCUGGGACCCACAUGGAAUUGGAUGUACUUUAUUCCUCUAAUCAUAAUUGGCUCAUUUUUUGUUCUCAACCUGGUUUUGGGUGUCCUCUCUGGCGAAUUUGCUAAAGAGAGAGAGCGUGUGGAGAACAGACGUGCAUUUAUGAAGCUUAGACGCCAGCAACAGGUGGAGAGGGAACUCAAUGGCUACCGUGCCUGGAUAGACAGAGCAGAGGAAGUAAUGCUUGCAGAGGAAAACAAGAAUUCUGGGAGAUCGGCAUUAGACGUAUUGAAACGGGCAACUAGCAAGAAAAAUGCCAGACGUCGAGGACCAGGAGAGGACAAAUAUUCUGAAAUCUCAACAGUUGGUGGUCCCCGACCAAGGGUUGGUAUACGAACUCCAAGACGAGGACCUGCUGCUUACUUGCGCCGCAAGGAACGUAUGCUGCGAAUCUCUAUUCGUCGCAUGGUGAAAACAGACAGCUUCUAUUGGAUAGUCCUCAGCUUGGUUUUGCUUAACACCAUCUGUGUUUCCAUUGUUCAUCACAACCAACCAGAAUGGCUCACUAUUAUUCAGUAUUAUGCUGAAUUUGUGUUUCUUGGACUAUUUCUUGGUGAGAUGUUUCUGAAAAUGUAUGGCCUUGGUUUUCGUCUCUAUUUCCAUUCAUCCUUCAACUGCUUUGAUUGUGGGGUGAUUGUGGGUAGUAUUUUUGAAGUUAUCUGGGGAUUCUUCAGGCCUGGAGUGUCUUUUGGUAUCAGUGUGCUUAGGGCUUUACGGCUGCUGCGAAUCUUUAAGAUUACCAAAUAUUGGUCAUCCUUGCGAAACUUGGUGGUGUCCCUAAUGAGCUCUAUGAAGUCUAUCAUCAGUUUGCUCUUCCUCCUCUUCCUGUUCAUUGUGGUCUUUGCUUUACUUGGCAUGCAGCUGUUUGGUGGCAGGUUCAUCUUUGAAGACUACACUCCUACUAAUUUUGAUACAUUUCCAGCCUCCAUCAUGACUGUCUUUCAGAUUCUUACUGGAGAGGACUGGAAUGAGGUGAUGUACAAUGGAAUACGAUCACAAGGAGGGGUGCAGUAUGGAAUGUGGUCCUCAAUCUAUUUUAUUGUUUUAACAUUGUUUGGGAACUACACAUUGCUUAAUGUAUUUUUGGCCAUUGCUGUGGAUAAUCUAGCCAACGCACAGGAACUAACUAAAGAGGAGGAAGAAGAGGAGGAAGAGUUCUUUAAUCAGCGGUAUAAAAGCAGAGAGUUUGGCCUCUCUGAGAGGAGGAGGAGGCCGUACUUGUACAGGAAACGUGCUAUCCACCGUGGCCGACCAUCCCCUUUAGAGGCAGAGGAGGAACCUGCUGUACAGCAAAAGGAAGAACAGCCUGUGAAUGCUUUUGCUGGCCGCCGCGAGAGACGCAAAAAAAUUAACAUGUCUGUUUGGGAGCAACGGGCAAACCAGCUGCGGAAACGGCGGCAAAUGGCCAGCCGUGAGGUUCUGUUUGGCAGUCCCACAGAGGACCAGCAGGACACUCCAGUUAGCGAACAUAACCAACACCAUUGCUUGUCCACUGAAACAAGCCCUUUAAACUUGCCAGAAUCACCAGUGUCUGUGGUGAUGCCCCUACCAGAGCCACCAAUGUCCAUCACCAUCCCUCUGCCUGAACCUCCAGAGUCCGAGCCAGUGACCCUGAAGGGAUCCGGACUCGAGGAUAAGCCAGGUGUCAAUAAUCAUCAUUCCAAUGCAGAAGGAAGGCAUCGCGUAGCGAGAAAGUUUCGAACUGCUGCUGCUGCAGGCGUGGUGGAGGGGGGAAGACAUAAACGCCACAGACACCGAGAGCCCAGAAACACAGAGAAUCACCAGCAGUUUGGUUACAGCGAGAAACAGUCGGCUAAGGAUGAGGGUAAAAUUGAGGAAACACAGUCCAAAAACUUGGCGCACUUCGAGGAAACAGAAAUAAUCCUGUCUGCCAAGCUAACUGAGAAUCAUGAGGAAUGCGAAAGUCAGUUUGUGGGAGAUGCGGAAGGGGUUUCCCAAGUGUCUUGUCUUCAAGAACUUCGGUGUAUGAAUACUGGAAUGGAGGAGCAAGCAGAGAGACAGGAAAAACAAUUUCUGAGGCAUAAAGAGGUCAUUUCAUCAGAAUUUGACUAUAUUUCAGCCGAAGUCCAAGACAUUGACAAAAAUAUUGGCUAUUCAAAUCAAAAUGAACGUAGAACAGGAACCAGCAUCAAACGAGAUACAUCAUCUCAGCCCUUGUUGGAAAUGACACCAAUGACUGUUAGUUUCAAAGAUGUGGAGGCUGCUGACUCUGAGAAACCUGAUGAUGAUGAUGAUGAUUAUGAUGAAGAUGAUGAUGAUGAGAAUGUGGGUGAACAAUCAACUGCCCCAAAAUCUGACACACCAGACAGCAUGUUUAUUUUUAAAAGCAAAAAUCCUAUUAGGAGGAUCUGCCACUAUGUGGUGACCCUGCGGUACUUUGAGAUGACCAUUCUUCUGGUGAUUGUGGCCAGUAGCAUUGCGCUGGCUGCUGAAGACCCAGUGUGUGCCAACUCUGAAAGAAACAAAAUUCUACGUUAUUUUGAUUACGUUUUCACCGGUGUGUUUACAUUCGAAAUGAUUAUAAAGAUGAUUGACCUGGGUCUUAUUCUUCACGAAGGAUCAUAUUUCUGGGACUUAUGGAACAUUCUAGACUUUAUUGUUGUGAUUGGAGCUUUAAUUGCUUUUGCUCUGACGAACUUAUUGGGAAACAACAAAGGCCGAGAUAUCAAGACCAUUAAGUCUUUACGAGUUCUCAGAGUCCUUCGUCCUCUCAAGACCAUCAAAAGACUUCCAAAACUCAAGGCUGUAUUUGAUUGUGUGGUGACAUCACUGAAGAAUGUCUUUAACAUUCUCAUAGUAUACAAGCUGUUUAUGUUUAUCUUCGCCGUCAUCGCUGUGCAGCUCUUUAAAGGAAAGUUCUUUUACUGUACUGAUGGCUCCAUGGGCACUCAGAAGGAAUGUCAGGGCUACUUCAUUGACUAUGGCAAGGACAGAAAGGAGGUGAAAAAGAGGGAGUGGAGAAGGCAUGAGUUCCACUAUGACAAUGUUCUCUGGGCUCUUCUAACACUCUUCACAGUGUCCACAGGCGAGGGCUGGCCACAAGUUCUUCAACACUCUGUGGAUGUCACUGAGGAGGACCAUGGCCCAAGCAGAGGAAACCGCAUGGAAAUGUCAAUUUUCUAUGUUGUUUACUUUGUGGUUUUUCCUUUCUUUUUUGUCAACAUCUUUGUGGCUCUCAUCAUCAUUACAUUCCAGGAGCAGGGUGACAAAAUGAUGGAGGAGUGCAAUUUGGAGAAAAAUGAGCGGGCUUGCAUAGACUUUACUAUUAGUGCAAAGCCUCUAACAAGAUACAUGCCUCAGAACAGACAGACGCUCCAGUACAGAUUAUGGCAUUUUGUGGUGUCACCAUCAUUCGAGUACACAGUGUUGGUCAUGAUUGCGCUUAACACAGUAGUGCUCAUGAUGAAGUACUACUCGGCCCCAGCUACCUAUGAUACAGUGUUGAAGCACCUCAACACAGGAUUCACUGUGCUAUUUUCUCUUGAAUGCAUCUUAAAAAUACUGGCUUUUGGGGUCAUUAACUAUUUCCGUGACACAUGGAACAUAUUUGACUUUAUCACAGUACUUGGCAGUAUUACUGAGAUUGUAGUAGAUUUACAGUCGUUGAACACCAUCAAUAUGAGUUUCCUGAAACUUUUCAGGGCAGCGCGACUCAUUAAGCUGUUGCGUCAGGGCUAUACAAUACGCAUUUUGCUGUGGACAUUUGUUCAGUCCUUCAAGGCUCUUCCAUAUGUUUGUCUUCUCAUUGCUAUGCUGUUCUUCAUUUAUGCUAUUAUUGGCAUGCAGGUGUUUGGAAAUAUUAAAUUGAAUGAUGAAACACACAUUAAUCAGCACAACAAUUUCAAGACAUUCUUUGGUGCCUUGAUGCUGCUUUUUAGAAGUGCCACAGGAGAGUCGUGGCAGGAGAUCAUGCUCUCAUGUCUCAGUGGGAAAGAGUGUGAACCGGAUCCUUCCAUAGCUCCACCUUUCAUCUCACCAGAUCACGAAGGCGGCUGUGGGACUGACUUUGCCUAUUUCUAUUUUGUUUCAUUCAUCUUUUUCAGCUCAUUUUUGAUGCUGAAUCUCUUUGUAGCUGUGAUUAUGGACAACUUUGAAUACUUGACUCGGGACUCCUCCAUUCUUGGACCUCACCAUUUGGACGAGUUUGUGCGCAUUUGGGGAGAAUAUGACAGAGCAGCAUGUGGCCGUAUUCACUACACUGCUAUGUAUGAGAUGCUAACACACAUGUCUCCACCUCUUGGACUGGGAAAGAAAUGUCCUGCCAAAAUUGCUUACAAGAGGCUGGUGCUGAUGAAUAUGCCAGUGGAUGAUGACAUGACGGUUCACUUUACAUCAACACUCAUGUCUUUAAUCCGCACAGCACUGGACAUCAAAAUUGCAAGAGGUGGCGAAGAUCGACUUCAGUUGGACAUUGAGCUGCAGAAGGAAAUAAGUGUUAUCUGGCCACACCUCUCCCAAAAAACCUUGGAUAUGCUGGUACCCAUCAAUAAAGAUUCAGACAUGACUGUUGGAAAGAUCUAUGCUUCAAUGAUGAUCAUGGAUUACUUUAAGCAGAGCAAAGCCAAGAAGUUGAAGCAACAGUUAGAGGCACAGAGAACUCCCACCUUGCCCCUGAUAUCUCACAGUGCUGGAUCUGCCCUGACCAGUGGAGGGUUUGUGGCUUUGAGCCCAAUUUCACCACAGGAGCUGUUACUGCAACCCACGAGUCAUCGCACUGACAGCAGUGAAGACUACGACAUCUCUCAUGUUGAUGAAUCAGGGUUGAAUGGCCUGUGGGGAGAUGAAGAACAUGCAUUCAAAAGGAGACACAAGAGCUACAAAGCUGCAGUUUCCCGUUCAGACCAAACCCAGUACAUGGAAAAGGUGCGUGGGCGCCCCAAAGAGCAGCGGCUGCAACUGUCCCCAGAUAACUGUAAAUCUCCCCGCUCCCGGUCUCCCAGUGAAGAGAGGAUACAUGGUGUCACUAGACAGGGCAACAGCUCAGAGAGCCCUGUUCCCUCCACCUCAGAGUCCAGCACACCAAGCGGUAAACGUCGUCUAUCCCAAACCUCCACCUGCUCACGUCCUCAUAUUUCUUACUCGCCAUUAGUGUGUCACACGCAGUCUUCACCGCAAACUAAUGAGGAUGACGAUGACCCUGCCAUCCAGCAGAUGUUAGCCUGUUGUGGUCCUGCUAUAUGGGAUAACAGUGCUGAAGACCAGCAGGAGAAACGAGUGAGACAGCAGGAGAGCCUACAUUUUAAAGUGGAUGAAUAUCUGAGUUCAUCUGCCCACCAGUACCCUUCUGAUUCAUUUCUUGCUCUGCAAGAGGAAGAGCACAGCCCGGACACUUCUGCGCCUAUGGAAACUCUCACUUUUGAGGCAGCGGUGGCCACCAGUCUGGGCCGUGCUAACACGAUCAGCGCAUCUGUGCGCACAAGGUCACGCGUUGGGUGGCAGGUGCCCAAUGGACACUUCCGGAAGAGACUGGCACAGAGUGUAUCUGUCGCUGGUGGUGAAGCCCUCAGUGACACGGAAGAUGACAAGUACUAGAAUUGUUGGUAUUCAAGAGACACAACUGGACACAGAGGGAUUUCUAGGACAUUGAGGUGGAUACUCAUCUUCAUAGAAGGAGGAGCAAUAUAUAAGAGGCGUUGUUUAAAUAUGUAAACAUACUCAUGAGGAGGGAGGAAAGACCUCUUAUAUUCACAUUUCACUUAAUUGGAAAGAAACACACAUAUCAGGGCCUUUUGGAAGCUUUAUUUCCUAGUGGGGAAAGAAUGUUAAUGGUUUGUCUUACCAUGUUUUUUUCUAAAUUCCAUUGUUCAAUUAAUUUCUGCACCCACAUUUUUUAAAUGUCCUAAUAAUGAAAAUACUACUGCUUCAAAAUGUAAAAAAAAUUCAAAAAGGCCACUGUAAGUAAAUGGGCAGUAGAGACUAUUGACAGAUGAUUAACUAACUACAUUAUAUAUUCUACAAAAUAAAAUUGAUGAAAAUGAAAAUGUUUUUUCAAAUAUAAAGUUAUGAUUAAACUUUGCAUUUAAAGUUAUGUUUAUCCAAAAUAUAAAAUAAUGACAGCUGUAAUGAAGGGAAAACUCUAACAAAGGUUCAGAGAAACGAUAAAGGUAUCACAGUUAAAUCUGAUGUCAGAUCAAAAAUCAAUAAAAUGUUGUAUUUUACCCUG